AUCGAAGUGGUUAUUGGGAACGUUUACAACAUAAUAGAGAGCAUUAGUCCGAUCCACUUUUGACAUCAUUAUCUGUGUAGUCGAGUGACGAUAACCUGCUAGCGGUGUGUUGGUCGCUCCCGCCCCGCCUCGAGCCAGCGGCAGUCGCGCGCGUCCUCGUCUGCCGUGUGGUCGUGUGCUCAGUGCGCUGCGCAUGCCUUCACUCCAUCUGCCUACAAGGGUACACUUGGAGAACUCGCUUUUGGCGGGUUUUCGCACGGACGUGAGCGGCGAAUGUGAUGCGCUUUACGAUCGGACACGGAAUGUGUGCGUGCUGCCUAUUGUAUGUGUUUGCGCGUCACAGUGAAAUCCGCGACGAGGACUGUCAGUGAUCACUUGGAUUGCAGUGUUGGAUCUUAGGAUAUAAACGGAGGCGGCCUACUCUACGAUUUUAAUAAAUUUUUUCUGUAUCGCUCGUUGAAUAUUUGAAAAUAAUAAAAAAAAACACUAAAAUGUUCGUACGCGGCGUUGAUUAACAGCGAAUUUUUAAUUGUGUGUACUUAAGAAACGUCAUUGUGUUGUGUAUGUAUAGUGUGUAAAAUACUUCAUAAGUGUGUGUAUGCAAAACGUGAAAUAUUUAGAAUAAUAAGUAUUAAACAAGAUACCAGUGGUAUGCAUAUGUUGUGUUAUGAAAGGCCUGGUGUUACCGCCCUGAACGGAUCUGUUGGGUACGACAAGUGGGACCGGGACAGGGGCGGGGGCGGAGGCGCGGGCGGCGCGACCGGCGGCUCGUGGGCGGGCCGCGACCGCGAGCGCGACCGCGAACGAGAGCGGCAGGCUCGCGCGAACCAGAUGUCGCAGGCGCAUGCCGCCGAGCCGGACGCCUCCUCACUAUUCUCGGCGCCCAUCAGGGUGACUGGAAAUCGGGAUCGAGUCAGCCAGCAGAUCCAGACGAAACUCGGCGACUACCAUCUAGCGCAAUGCUUCAUCGACGACCCGAGCAAGUCAAUCGGCAUCUGCGCCGAGCCCCCCAGUCCUGCUCCAUGUCCACCGUCGAGGAGGGAGAGCGAGUUUAAGAAGCCAGCUCACACUAUGGUGGCACCGCAAAAUGGUCGCGUUCACCAUCGGCCGCACCCUUACAACAAGAACGACGGUUCCAAUCCCACUGCACAAGCUCAUCGGCCACCACCAUUGAGGAUACCAAACGGCUUACAACCCAACAUCGACAGCAGUCAACCGCCAAUAGAAAGUAUUUUAAAGGAAAUGAAGUCGAUACCAACACCCCUCUCGGUGAUAGCGGCGACGCCGAGGAAAGAAGCCGAAAACAAAUUCAUUUUUAACCCUCACACGAAUAAGGUCCAAGAGAAUCCCGUGCAGGAAAUCAAAACACCCCUAACAAAACCUGGUUUAGAUAAUCGGUUACCGAAUUCCAGGAGUUCAGUGUCGCCUGACGUUGUUAACAAGGACCUUGGUUUGUCGGAGAGUGACGAUGAAGUCGCCGCAGCAACGCACACUCUUGGACCGCCCAUAUCACCGAUGGGAUCGAACAGUCCGACUUCGGGCAGUUCGUCCCCAUCCGACUCGGAGUCGGAGUCCUCGUCGACAGAGUCGAGCGUGUUGGCGGCCGCGACGACCCCCGCCACCUCGGAGCUCCCCGCGGCCCCCGCACAGAGCGACUCCUGGAGCCUUGUCAACUUCGCCCCUCCCCCCGCCCAACCCCCGGACAACAACUACGAAACGGGCAAGGAAUUGAGACAUGCCUUGGCCGAUGUCAAGGGAAAGAGUCCAAUAUCAGAGAUGUCGGACUCGGAAACGUCGUCGCCCUCUCCCGGCGCCGGACGGCGGGCGCGGUCCCACACGAACAACAGGAUGUCGGCCGCUUCAAGCGAUGACGAUACCCCUCAUCAUUCUUCGACGUCACCACGCGUAACGGCGUCGGGGCCCCAGAAACGAGGGCGACCCCCAAAAACGCGAGGCUCCGACGAACGGCCUGCGAAGAAGAGACGCGGCCGUCCCCCUAAGGCACGCGCCCCCUCCCCCGCGGCUGGAGCAUCGCCCGCCGCCGCUCCCUCCCCGCCCCCCGCCGCCCCGCCCGCGCCUGACAGCGACGUCGAGCCUGAUCUGCCGCAUCAUCACCAUGCACAGACAGACACCAAGACACACAUUUUCCGCAGAGUCUUCACCCCGAGAAAGGUUGAAGAAGGUGGAGGCAAGGGCGGUAAAGGAGGAAAGGGAAAGGGAAGCAAAGCUAAACCUCAAGUGACGAUCAUUGAAGCGACCGCGCCCGAGUGCUGCGCCGACGACGAGGAGCGGAGGCGGAGGGAGCGGUCCUGCGAGAGGAGACACGAUGAGGCGCUCGCGAGAGUCUCCCCUCCGCGAGUCGUGGAGCCGCUGGCUCGCGUCCGGGACGAACGGUCUCCGUACCGAGCCGACAGACACCUACUCGACCGGCCGCUUAGCGAACGACUCGCAGACCGGCUCGCGGCCGAGCGGGCGGCCGACCGACAUCGGGACCGGAUAUCCCGAGAGCGGACUCCCGUCGAGCGCGCCCCGCCCGAGCGACGCUCCCACGAGCGACUCUCCGAUCGGACGGAGCUCGACCGGACCUCCGCCGAGCGUAUCAACUCCGAGCGACAGGCGACCCGCGACCGAUCCACGGAGCCGUCCAUCCAGCCUCGGUUGUCAGCGGACAAAUUACCGUACGACCGGCUGUCGGUCGAGAAGCCGACGCACGACCGACCGUCAACGGACCGAACGCACGACCGAAUGCCAACGGACCGGACUCACGACCGGACGACAACGGACCGGACACACGACCGAACACCGACCGAGCGAACGUCGCACGAGCGGCUCGAGAAACCGUCCCGGAUACCACCGAGUCGGAUAGACCGGCUCACGGAGAGUAAAACAUCAAUAGAGCGGCUGGCGGAGAGCAAAACCGCGAUAGAGAUAAAGCCGGAGCCGGAACGCGUCACGGAGCGUGAGGUCAAGCGUGAGGUCCAUCGCGAGGUGCAAGUGGAGCGAGUCGAGCGGUACGUGAAAGCUGAGGCUGACGUCGGCUCUGGACUCAAGCGGCCCUCCGAGGAGCUCUGUUCUAACGUGGCUGAGCGGCGUCGGUCCCGGUACGUGGUCCGCAUCCCGCUGAGCCGUCUGCGCAUGGAGGUGGUCCGAGCGCUGAACCGUCCGCAGCCCCCCGUUAAACGGCUGCUCACUCCUCAUGUCGAACAGGGCGGCGAGGUGGCCAACAACCACGAGCGGUCCAGCACCGCCCCUGAACAAACUCCAAUCUACUUCUCGUACUUCGAGAGACUUCCGGCCGACGCUCUCUCCGACGAGGAGAAGGAUCACAAAUAUUACUUAGUAGAAGCGAAGAGGCUCAGGAGCGCGGCGGAAGCGGAACAGGAUCCAUUGUCCCGAGUGAUGCUGUACCUAGAGUCGGUUCUCUGUUUCGUCCUGACCGGUCGGGUCCUUGAGCUGGAGUCCGACACCAAAGGCGCCUUCACGAUAUACCGAGAGACAAUCGAGUACAUCAAAUCGAUACAUUCGAUGCCCCAGCGCUUCAGGGCCUCCCCUCACGAUACAUUCAACAAACUCGAUAUACUCAGCCUCCGAGUACAGGCUCUGCUCUACCUGCGAAUGUUCAAAAUGUACAAUCGUGAAGUCAAGGAAUACAAUAAGAUAGUUCACGAAUAUCAGCAAAAGGUGAGUAAGCCGGCGCUGGCGGAGUCGGUGUCGCCGCUGUCCCCGUCCCCCUCCCCCGCGGGGUCCGUGGGGUCGGUGGGGUCGGCCUCGUCCGGGUACUGCUCUCUCGCUCACUCCGUGCCCGCGCAUGCGCACCAAGCGUUACUGCUGCUCACUAAGUACUACGCCUUCCUGUACGUGGCGCACGACCUGUGGGAGCAGGCCGACGGACUCUGCAGGCUCAGGGCGAACCAAGAUCUUUUCAUAGCGGUGGAUCGGAAGUGCGGUCCUCUGUCUCUAUCUUCGACGUUUAGGCACCUCGUCCAGUACGUGCGAUAUGCGAUAUCGCUGCUGAAGAACGCUCAGAGGGAGUGACUACACGCCUGCCGCCCCUUGUGUCGGCGCGCACAUGUAUGACGCACGAACAGACAAUCGAACUCUCUGCUAUAUAUGUACAUAUAGUGUAUAAACAAAAAUUAAUAAUAAAAAAAAUAUAUAAAAACAGGAAACGUCAAUGAAACAGAUAGGUCGCUUGUUUCGUAAGUUGUAAAGUUUUUUACGUGAUAAAAUUUUAAAGUUUUACGAUUCGGUACAAAGAGAGCAAUAAAUAAUAAAUAAUAAUACGUGUUGAACGUCUGUGUUGGCAAUACUAAGUGUUAUUAUAUGUGUUGUCAUUUAAUAAUUAUAAUAAUAAUAAUAAUGCCAAUAAAAGUUUUAAGAAUUGUUGUAUCACAUUUUUUUUUUAUUCGUAUUAUUUAACUUACACAUGUGCAAUGAACUGUCAAACAACAUCACACGGUGCGUUUAUGUAUACAUUUUUUUUUUUCGACGUCUUAAUAUUUGGUCAGACAAAGAAACGUUGGUGAAUGAAUUAUUCGAAUGAACACUGUGAUAAGAAAUCUAUACAUUUUGAAUCUAUCGAUAUCGAUAAUGAAUUUGUAUCGAUUUUUUUAUGCGAGACUACCCUCGCGUAUUCACAUCACUAAAGCAACGACUGUGAUAACGUGUUAUCGAUAUCGAUAAAUCGAACGCAACGGUCUGGACAAAAUAAUUUAUAUUCAAUAUCAUUGUUUAAAAGUAUCUAUUUAUUUUUAAAAACAUAUACAUCACAAAAUGAAAGUCAAUUUGGAACAAUUAUCAGUAUAUUUUAGCUCGUACUCUUCUUUGAAAUCCUAUUGAGGUUAAAAGAAUUCACGUGUCGAUAGUACUCCCGGUCGCAUAAUAAUCGAUUAAUAAACUAUAUAUAAUCGGAAACUCGCAUUCGUAACUCCCCGAAUAUCUAUGACCAAUAUGAAUAUUGUAAAUCUGUAAAUAAGCUUCGUUGCCUAGCAACGGAUGACGUCGGACACCCACAGACUAUAAAUACGUGAUAGUGUCAUCAUAUCUUAAGCGUUUUUGUUUUGUAGUCGGUACCCGUACUGGUUCUUCGGGAUCAUUUAUACAAGACAGUUCGAGCGUGGGCCAAAUAUCGAGUAUAUUCUUAAUAUCUUAACAUGUAAGGGAACACUUUUAGAAUUUCGCAAAAAGAUUUUUCUCGUGUAUUUUAAUUGUUUUCGCUUCGAUUUUAGCGCGUGAACGUAGCAUUGUUUGUUUAUAUAUUAUUCGAGUAGUUUCCGCUUGACGAAGGCAGUCGUAUCGUGUCGGGAUUGUACCAAAUUCAAACCCAAUAUAAAACGCUAAUUGAUGUUCGGAACGUAAGUUCAGAUACAAAUAGUUACAAAUUCAAAUGGAUUUUUUUUUAUCAACUCAAAUCCGAAGAGGAAUUGCUUGAUUUACAAUUUACAUCACAGAACAAAUUGUUCGAACAAUGAAAACGUAUGCAUAAAUAUUUUUAACGUACACAUACAUAUCAAAUUAUUUAUUUAUUUUACUUUCGUGGUCAUCAUAUUUGAUAAAAAAAAAAUUUUUUUUUUCAUAUCUGUACUAAACUAUUAUUUUAUCACAAUCAUUUACGUGUCUUGCUAGAUUAAAUUAAAAUAAACAAUAUAUUUAAAAAUCGAUUACCCUACUACAUGAUACUUUGAUUAUUAUUUUUUAAAUUAAUGUGAUUUAAAUUAAUUUCCAACGACAAUAAUACUCUGUUAGAAAUGCUAGAUUCUUCUUAAAAGCUAGAUUCUUUUUAAAAAAAUAUAUAAUUAAAAAUAUGGUCGCGGUGCGGUCAGGCACCGACUCGUGUCGCACUGAAUGACGAACAAAAACGCAAAUCGUUUAAUUCCAUUUUUGUUUGAAAUAAUUAUUAAUAUUUUAAUUGCAAUGUCCGGUGUGCGUGAGCGCGUCAAUCCACCCGCAAUAUACUUUUCGCCAUUCAAACAACAAUAUUAUAUCACUCGGUUGUACGAUUCGUUUUUAAAAAUAAUAAUUACGUUGUGAUUGUAAAUAAAUAUAAUAUAAACUAAUUAUAUUAUAGAUUUUGUAAUCGAUAUACAUACGUGUUAGUGCCAGAUAGGAUUUUGUAUGAAUGUUUACAGUGAGACCGCGUUCGUUUUGAUCGACAAAUAUAAAUAUAUAUAUAUAUAUAUGAAUGUCAUCGAUGCCUUGUAAAUAAUAUUGAGUUAAGUAGUUUUCAUUCGAUUGUAAUUAUUAUAGUAUAUCGUCGUUGCAAAUUUGAAAUCUCCUAUGUGUAGUUUUUGAGAAAAAAUAAUAAAAAUACCUCCUAAAAAAAAAUAUGUAAAUUUUUUUUCAGCACAUACGAUAUCUACUUAGAUCUAUAAUAAAAUGCAAACCGAUACUUAAAUUUUUUGUAAGAUUGACGCGUAAUAAAUUUAAAUAUUGAGACAAUAUGCAAACAUGAGAAACAGAAACAUGGCCGCGAAAUGACACAUUGGAGAUUUUAAAUUUGCAACGACGAUAUAUUUAUUAUAUUUGUGUGUAAGGUUCGGCGAGCGAUGUACGGGGCCUGGCGUGUGUGAUUUAUACGUGAUUUAUAUUUUUUUAAAUGUAUCGUCGAGCUAGCAGCGUUCAUUUAGUGUAGUGUAGCCUAAUGUUAGUACCGUUACCGGCCGAGAGAUGGCGCUGUUUUAUUAUUAUAUUAUUUGUGUCCCAUUAAGUCUACUUAAACGAAUCGUAUGGAUUAAUUAUAACGUGUGAAUCCGGACGUCAGAGAACGUCGAACGAUAUAGCAAUAAAGAGAGCAAUGAAUAAUAAAUAGAAAUUAUAUUAUGUUGAAAUGUUUACGUGAAAACGUGUGGGGCGGGUGUAUGUUGUAUUUGUUGUUAAGAAUGUGGAUAAUAAUUGUUAAGAGUGUUUUUCACGAAGCUUCCAUAUAUGUAUUUUUUUUUAAGAUAUGGAUUUUUAAAACGAUGAUGAUUCCAAUGACGAUUGAAUUGUACUGAGCUUGUGAUUUGACGUAAUACCUUGAAUGAAUAUAUUAUUAUUAUUUUUUAGGUAAUUUUAGUUAAUUAUGAAAUUGUCGUGUUGAUUUUUGUUAUUUUUUUUUUUUUGUUUUCAUCAUCAUAAUAUUGUCAUGGCUUGUUUUUUUUUUUUUUUGUAAUAUCAGUACAAAAUGUUUACACGUUUUAAUUGAUCUAUUUUACGUGUCCUAUUCUUAAUUAACAUCGAAAUUUAAAAAAAUUAGUUUAAUUUAAAAUAAUAAUUAUUAUAUUAUUAUAUUGAAAUCGGUACUUACCCGCACAAAUAUUUAUUUCCUUUAUUUAUUGUUGUAUUUAUUUUCUCGAGCACCCGAUGCGAAGUUUACUUAAGUUUAUAAAAAAAAUACCUACAUCUUUUUUAAAGAUCUGUCGAUUAUCUGUACUAUACCGGAUUGAUCUAAUUAUAUGCACACGUUGGCUUUACGUUUUAUUGAAUAAAAAAAAAAGACAUUUUUUUUAGAUUAAAUUCAAAAUUUAUUUAAUUUGUUUUCGUUAAUUUUAAAACUUUUCGUUGUCAUAUUGUUUUGUUGCUUAUUUAACUCGACCUUUAGAAAUUUCCCGAUUAACGAUAGUUAGUUAUGUACUAAUACAUUUUCUCCUAAUUUUAAGGUGUAUGUUUGCACAAAAAACUCGGUAAUUAAGUUACCCAUCUUAUGUCCUCGCAAGAAUCCUUCGAGUCCUUAAAUCUCAAUUUUUAAAUUAUUAAGCCCCAAAAUUGAAACCAAAUUUUGACAUUAUAAGAAGCACUCCCGAACGCCGCGGAGGUGUUUUUGAUUUUAGAAAAAUUGUAAAAUAUUGUUUUAUUAUUUUUCUUUUUUUUUUUUUUGUAAUAGCAUCUUGUGUUGAUAGCGUGUAUAAUUUGUUUUAUACUCGAGUUAAGAUUAAGUAUAAAUUUGUUUUGCUCUUAUUUUAUUAUUUGUGUAGCUGUACCUUAUGUUAUCAAUGAUAGAAUACAUUAAUUUUAUGUAUCAA